CGUAUGUCGACCGUAGUUUUGCGGUCCACGUUUAAUUUGUUUACUUAAAAAACGGGGGCGACUAUUCAAAAUGUCUGAAGAUAAAUCCAUAAAACUAUCCGAAGAUGAUAAAGCGAUCUUCGAAGCAAUAGAUAAGAAUGAUGUAGGGCGUUUAAAAGUUUUACUUUCAGAGAAAAGAAACGUUAACGUUGUGGAUGAGAAUUCUAUGAGUCCUUUACAACACGCUUCGUAUAAAGGCAACAAAGAAAUUGUGCAGUUACUUCUGGAUCAGGGUGCCGAUGUGAACUGUUGCGAACAUCAACACAAUUAUACCGCGUUACACUUCGCAGGUCUUUCAGGAAAUACUGAAGUAUGCCUUGCUCUUUUAUUAGCCGGCGCGAAAUCUCAGAUAACAAAUACAGUCGGCCGAACUGCUUCUCAAAUGGCUGGAUUUGUAGGUCACCACAACUGCGUAGCCAUAAUAAAUAAUUUUGUACCUAUAUCUGAUAUUGAACAUUACACCAAGACACAGGGAUCUCAUAGCUCACCUCACUUGCCGCAUUUUUUACUGCAUAGUUUCCACAAAUUCAUCAUGCAAGUCAACAUCCAUCCUGUAAAGGUUGUGUUAAAUAUUUAUAACUUUGCUGGACUCUCAGAUCAUUUACCUGAAGCAAAAAAGGUUUUAGAACUUAUGAGUGAGAAGGAAAUGAAACGUGGUGCGGAAACCAACGAGGUUUUGUCCUUCAAAUUCCACUAUUUAUCUUAUAUCGUCGGCGAAGUGGCAAAAAUCAGGCAGCGGCAAGCCCUGGCAAAGAAAGACGAAAACGAAGACGACAAGAAAUUUGACAUCACGGAGCUCUUUACGCGAAAGCUACUCAAGCCUGGUAAGGACGGUCAGCUGGAAUUCAUGGACGGGUUCCUGAAAGAGUGCAUAAGGGAGUUUCCGUUUAGAGACUGUACCUUGUUCCGGCAAAUGGUGACCAGUUUAGCAGGUAAAGAUCCACCUAGUGCUUUAAGUGUGGUUAAUUCGGCCAUAAAUGGGCAGAGGGGUUUCAUCGAGAGCAUCUCCAUCUGUAACACUUGUGGAGAGGAAAAACCUGCCAAAAAGUGUUCCAAGUGCAAAGUGGUUCAGUACUGCGACAGGAAUUGCCAGCGUCUGCAUUGGCACUGGCACAAGAAGGCCUGUUCUAGGUUGAGCCAGGGAUUGGUGGAAAACGAGAGCCAGGCCAAGCCCGACGCUUCCGAUAUAUCUGCCGACAUACAGAACUUGCUGGUUAACUGAGAGUACAAACUUUAGCCCGAGACUGCUUUAAAAUAACUAGUUGAACAUCGUGUGAAACACUUAAAUGUUUUUAUUUGCAAUUAAUAUUUUUAGUACACGGGGUGGUUGACACACAGGUACAAAUGUGAGAUUCAAAGAUUUCAAAACUACAUUAACUUCUUACCUUAUGCUAGUGGCAGCUAUUGAAAAUUAAAAGAGUUGUUUGAUAAUGAAAUAUGGGCCCGUACAAUUUUUUAAUGAAUAAUUUGUAUGUUCACAUAGGGAACUUUCAUGCCAAAAAAAAUUUGGAUGGAGUUUGUGAAAGAAAAAAUUAAAAUAUGGGUUCCCUCCCCGAGAUCUUAAAAAUGCAAAAUAUUUUUCUUUAAGUUUUCAAAGUAAAUAAUACUGUAACUUUAACAAAACUAAGAAUUUUUGUAACAAAUAUAGAAAAUAUCUGCUUGUGUCUAGUUACCAGAUGAUUAUGUAUAUCUGCACCUUUUUUCGAUACCUCAGAGCCAGCGACCCCUAUUUAAAUUUUUAAUUUUACAAAUUACAUUCAAAACUUUUUUAUACACAAAUUAUACAUUUUCAAAACAUGACUACUUUGAUUUUCACCAGCCACAACAGAACUAUAUUUUUGUCUUUUUAUUUAGAUUUUUUUAGGUAUUAUUAAAAUCACCCUGUAUAUUUCUGAUCUAAUACAAAGUGAUAGCAGAGUAAUAUGCAUAAUUUUAACUCUGUUUUUUUUCAAGCUUUAUAGACAAAUAAUUAACCAUUACUUAACACACUUUUUUCCUUUUAUUCAAUGUUUCAAUAUCUGAUAAUGUCGAAGUAUUUUUAGUGUUCUCUAUAUCAGUUGUGAUGAAUGUGCAUAUUGUAAAGUUUAUAAACAAUUUAGGUUCUACAAAUUUUGAGUACAAGUUGUUUUUAAUUUUGUGUAGGAUUAUAUGAAUUGU